AUAUUCUGGUUCCAUAUCAAGCAGUGGAAUUCUAGUGUAAUCCUCCAAUUCAACCUAGUCUUAACGGAUGCGCUUCUUAUUCCCAUUGUGCCACUGAUCGUUGCCUAUUUCAGCCUGGACAACAGCUGGCUAUUUGGUCAGUUCCUCUGCCAGCUCAAAAUCUUCAUCCUCAGCACCCACUUGUAUGGCAGCAUCUACUUCCUGACGCUCAUCAGCAUUCACAGGUACCUUGCUGUCGUUCACUACAGCUCCAGGACCCUUUGGAAGAAGAAGUCCUUCCUGAAGAAGCUCAGCUUGUUCGUAUGGUUUCUCCUAAGCAUCCAAGGGCUGCCCUUGUUCAUUGUCCUUAAGACUUCAUCAGUCAAUGGCUCUGUGAAAUGCAUGAGUAUCCAUCAAUCGGAGUUUUCCUCUUUUUACCUGUACUACAAUAUCUUCCUGGUGACGGUCAACUUCCUGCUCCCCUUUGGCAUCUCCUUGACUUGCUAUGCCUUGCUGGGAGCUACCAUUGCUAAAAUGAACAGUACGAGCCUCCGGGGCAGGGUGAUGAAAACGAAGUCCUUAGAGAUGAUAACGGUGUCCCUGGCUAUCUUUGUCAUCUGCUUUGUGCCACUGCAUGUGAGCAGGACCAUAGGAGUGAUUGGAAAGUAUUACAACCUGUCCUGUGAGCGCCUGCACCAGGUGGAAAUUGUGUAUUAUGCCUUUUGGCUUUUCACCAUGGUGAACUGCUGUCUCAAUCCCUUGAUCUACAGCUUCGCUAGUGAGAAGUUUAAUGAUUCCUUCUCAAAAUCCCUGAGAAAAUUCUGGCUCUUAAAGUGAAUUGGCAGGAUUCAGGGCCCAUGCUAGCACUUCCAGGGGGUGUCAUAAACAGAUAGUUA